UACAUAAUAAAACGUUAUUAUUAUCUAUUGGGUUUUUUUCAGAAUUGCAAAAAAGUCUAUCCAAAAGAAAAUAUAGACGAAUUCCAUGAAACAUGACAUGGUCACCAUCUUUCUUCACAUGUGAACUGUAUUUGUACCGCCAUUAGACUAAUUCUAAAAACUUAAAUACGCAAUAGCGGUCAGGAAAACAUUCAAAAUGGCGUCCCGCUUCAGGCGCACGCUUGCGAAGAUUAUAGUCACGGCUACAAGAUCAUCGUCAUCUGUAACCCCAGUUUCUCGUCCCUCGAGUAUUAACCACUGUUCGAAGCUGUAUGAAAGGCGUAAUUUUGAAACUGAAGAUAGAGUUUUGAUUAUACAGAAAACAUUACAACACUUAAAAAGCAAUACAACAAAGCUUGAUAAGCGAAUAAUAGCAAAUAUAUCCAUCAAUGAUAGGUUUGAAAGUAAAGGUACAGAUGGUGCAAGCUUAUUUUUGUAUGAACGCAUACCACAGCUGAAGUAUAACAAUCCAGAUGUGGAAAUUACUUGCACAAGAGAUUCUACUCGGCCAUGGGAAAUAAACGUAACUUUAGUGAAUGGGAACACUAUACCUCUAUCUGUAUCAGGAAAAUCUUCCAACCAAAUACUUUCUGAAAUUGAUGAGAUCAAUUCUGCUGAAAUUACAUAAGAAAGCCGGAAGAUUUAACUUAUCAAUUUGAAAGUUUAUCUUUGUAAAAUCUUAUUAAGGAUACAUGUAAUUAUUGUUUUUGUUUUGCCACUUGUAGAUAAACUAGAGAA